AUGACUCUCAUGCAUUACUGUACGGUAGGCGCGGGCUGCCCCUCCUCGGGCCGGCUCACGCCUCCCCCUCCCUCCCCUUCUUCCUCCUGCGUCGCGCGCCCGCUCGCCCGUCGGCCGCCCGGACCCCAGUCCCCGGCUGGCGGGCUGAGGAGGCGGCCGUCGCGCGCCGCUGCCCUCGCCCCGCCGCCGCUGCCGCCGCCGCCGCCGCCGCCCGGCGCGCCGCGAUGCGCAGAGGGGCCGGGCCGCCGAGGCGCGACGGCCGCCUCCUCAGCCCGCCAGCCGGGGACUGGGUCCGCCCCGCCGCGCCGCCCCGCGCCGGCCCCCGCGCGCCUCCCGGGCCCGGGUGCCCUCCCGGGGGCGGUCCAGAGCGCUCGCCGGCGCCGGCCUCCGCGUCCGCGCCCCCGAGCCAGCCGUCGGGGCGCCGAGAGCCUGAAGAAGUUGGCGAGGAGGCCUGGAGAACUCAGGAGUUUCCAAGCUGUGCUGCCCCCCGAGCUCUGGAUCCACCUGGCCGUGGUGGCCUGUGGCAAUCGGCUGGAGGAGACGCUGGUCAUGCUCAAAUCGGCCGUGCUCUUCAGCCACAGGAAGAUGCGAUUUCACAUCUUCACCGAAGAAUCUCUGAAGUCCGAGUUUGACAAGCAGCUACGACAGUGGCCAGACUCAUAUACAAAGAAGUUUGAGUACAGAAUCUACCCCAUCACAUUUUCGGUUGGAAACCCUCAGGAAUGGAAGAAAUUAUUCAAACCGUGUGCUGCCCAGAGACUCUUUCUUCCGGUGAUUUUAAAGGAUGUGGACUCCCUUCUCUACGUGGACACCGAUGUUCUCUUUCUGAGACCUGUUGAUGACAUCUGGAAGCUUCUGAGGCAAUUUAAUUCCACGCAGCUUGCGGCCAUGGCCCCCGAGCAUGAAAUCCCCAAGAUCGGCUGGUACAGCCGCUUUGCUCGGCACCCUUUCUAUGGCUCUGCGGGAGUUAACUCAGGAGUCAUGCUGAUGAACUUAACUCGAAUAAGAAGUGCUCAGUUCAAGAACAGCAUGAUUCCAACAGGCUUGGCUUGGGAGGACAUGCUAUACCCUCUGUACCAGAAGUACAAGAACGCCAUCACGUGGGGAGACCAGGACUUAUUAAAUAUUAUUUUUUAUUUCAACCCAGAGUGUCUGUACGUGUUCCCCUGCCAGUGGAACUACCGUCCUGAUCACUGCAUGUACGGAAGCAAUUGCAGAGCGGCCGAGCGGGAAGGUGUGUCUGUCCUGCAUGGGAACCGAGGCGUCUACCAUGAUGAGAAGCAGCCAACUUUCAAAGCGCUCUAUGAAGCAAUCCGAGAUUUUCCCUUUCAAGACAAUCUCUUUCAAUCCAUGUAUUACCCUCUUCAGCUGAAGUUUUUGGAGACUGUGCACACUUUAUGUGGACGAAUCCCACAAGUUUUUCUGAAGCAAAUUGAGAAAACCAUGAAAAGGGCUUAUGAGAAACAUGUCAUCAUCCAUGUUGGCCCGAACCAGAGGCGCUGAGUAUUUCCCAUUGUCUCGAGUCAAUUAGGCAUCUCAUGAACGAGGAAAUACUCAUCUGCAAGCUGCCUGGAUCUCUUUUAUGUGAAUAUUUCAUGGUGCUCUAUGACAACUAAGUUUAAAAAGACUUGUUAAAUGUUGCUAAAUCAGUUGCCCCUAAAUGGAAAUAUGCUUUAAUUUUUUUCUAAAGUGCUAUUUAUCUCUCUGUUUUUUUUAAAAAAAUGAUAUUUUUGCUCACUUAACACUGUUGAAGUAGGUCGAGCUAGCUGUGAAAAGGAACUCUUGUGAGCCUUCUGAUUCCCAAGUGUCUGAGGCAAUGUCAGUGGCAUCUAAUGUGGCACAUUUUAUCCACUUCUCUUGAGACUCUCUCUAUGCAAUGGGUUCGCCCCACCCCUUGUUAUAAAAGUGAUACAUGCUUGUUGUAAAACAAAUUUUUAAAACUUAUAGAGAAUAUAUAGGUCAUUGGACCAAAAUCAAGAUGAGAUUAGCCAUAAUCCUAUUAACCAGGGAAAAAGAUUUUUAUUUUAGUGUAGUCCCUUCUAGACUUUUUUUCCCUACUUUUAUAUUUACUUGCGGUUGUCUUUUCCAUCGUAUAAACAUGUAUCUAAAACAGGUAGUCUAAGUGAAAGUGGGACCCUAUGCUGAGAUUUUUAUGUAGGAGACUAAAAAUUUAGACAAAAGGAUGAUGCCUGCAACCCUUUAUUUAAAACACGUCUGGGACAGAGAUCAGGGUUAGGAGACGGACCACCUGAGACGAGAUUAAGGGAGCACAAGCCCUGCUCACACCCUAAUCUUGUCAGAGGUCCCACCUCACCAUUGUUAUAAAACCCCUCAUCAAAUCCUCUGGGGUGGGGACACAUAGUUUUUCAAGGCAGGAGUCUGCUGUAUCCCCCCUUUGCCUGGCAAAGCAAUAAAGCUAUCCUUUUCUACUUCAAAAAAAUACAUCGGGGAGAAGCAUUCGGAUUUUAGCUAAUUGGGCAGUGAUAAAGGAUGAAGCAUAUCUGGGGCUGUUUUUUAAGAAAAAUUGUUCAGAUUUUUCCAAAUCGUAAGACAUGUCUAUGCAGCCACAGCUUCUGAAAGGAAAUUCAGUAAUUGUGUUAAACCUAAACGGUCUCUUUAGCAGAGAUGUGAUUUUGUGCUGACCCAGAGACAAAAGCAUUUUAUCUCUUACUUUGGUAGGUGUGGCCUUCUCUCUUUAAACUCUUGGGCAAUAGGUGGAAAUUAAAGGCCGACUUGGAAUGUAAUGUGUACAAAUAAAUAGUUAAGUGGAUUCCACUGGCCAGAAAAUUCAUCUUCCCACCAGCCUUAGAAAGGUCUCUCAAAUUUUUUUUUUUCUUCUUGAGGGUAUUCUAGCUGUUAGCCAAGGUGUGUCUUAUCACCUAGCUACAGUAGAGGAAGUUCGGUAUUCUUUCCCCAAAGGAAUCAAAGUUAAUCCCUAGUUGCUCCUGUAGCUGCUAUUAGCAUAAGGGCAUUUUGCAUAAUGCUUUAUUUAUCUCAAAAAACGUGUGCAUAAAUGAUCUCCUUGAUGUUUGCAACAACUUAGUGAACUUAGUAGGGGCCUGUAUCAUCUCCACUGGGCAAAUAAGGAAAUUGUAAUACAAAGAAACAAAUAUAUUCCAUAUAAUUACUGUUCUGUAAGGCACACAGAUGUGUAUAGGAUACAUCCCGUUUCACAGAGAAAUUUUUGAAAACAAAAAUAUUAAAUAUUUUUCAUCACAUAUAGACAAUGAUCUGAAAGUAUAAAAUGAAAAUUUUUGUUUUGGUAAUGCAAAUAUGGUAUCCGAUAUAUUGGAAUCCCGUAGGAUAUCAUAGGUUCUAUAACAGCAGAAAAGGUCUUACCCUGAAAAAAAUAUAUGCAAGUCUCAGCACUACCGAAGAAUAUAUAGGUAUCAGUCAAUAUUAGUAUGCAGCACCAUUAUGGUAGUAACAAAUUUAAAUCUAAAAUGGUUGAGUAAUAACCCAUACUUUCCUUUUGAUAAGUUGGGUGACCUGUGGUUUGUUAUUUUUGUUAAGGGAAAUUACCAUUAUGAUGUGAAACUCUUAUCUUUGCUGUUGUAUUUUAUGUUUCCUCAUUUUACCACUGAAGGUGACAUCAUUCAUUAUCUGAUUUCUAAAGCAUGUGGAGGGAAUUUCGGGAUUGUGUUUUGGACGGGGAAAAUGCAUUCUGUAUCCCACAAACAGGAUUUUGGUGAAAGAGCCAGGAUGUGGAGAUGAUUCCCUGACUUCAUUCCAGUUUUCUUUCUCCUUGUUCAGCACAGCCAGCAAACCCCACAGAUGUCACUCAUAUUUGCUGGCGGCUCACAGACCUAAAGAAGUUCCUUUCCUCCUUUGGCAAGUCCCACAAAAAAUCUGCAGAUAAAGACAUGGCAUACAGCAAUUCCUUUUCUUUUAUGAGAGUCAGGUUUACCCACAACUCUCAAUUGUGGGUUCUAGUCUGAAGAUGCACAAUAGGACUUCCAGCAAAGGUCAGUGAUAGAACUCUAGAACAUUCUAGAAUGAUGCAUUAUGAGACUGUGAAGCCUUAGAAUUUGGUGUGGUUUUCUGUCUGGGAAUUCCUUUGCUGUAUCCUGAAAUGUUAGGUGAGUUCGGUGGAGAAUUUAGAAAAACUCUGAUCUUCUAAUCCCCAUGCCAAAAAGUGCUAAUUAUUUCUUAUAGUUAGGACGUUGCCAUGAGGCAGUAUUUUCUCUGCCUGUGAUAAUUUCCGGAAAGCUACGACAUUAGCGCCUUUGAAAUAUGAUAACCACAAUUUGAAUUCAGUGGACUCCUGAAACAUGCAGUCUGUGGUCUGAAGUUUGCCAAAGGUUACAUUGCCCCCUUUGGCACAUCGAAUCUGUGGGAUGACCAUGAGACGGGGUCUCUUCUGUCCUCCUAUCUUCUCCUGUCCUCUCCUUGUUUCCUUUAAAAUUCUGUUUAAGGCAUGACUACAGAGUUCCACUGGAGAAUGAAAGAACACUUUCUAAUAGCAAAGUGUAGUUUUUUUGUGGUUUUUUUUUGCGGUAUGCGGGCCUCUCACUGUUGUGGCCUCUCCCGUUGCGGAGCACAGGCUCCGGAAGCGCAG